AUGGAAAUUGUUAAAGAACAACAGAAAAUAGAAGAAAGAAUAAGACAAGAAGAAAUUGAAAGACAGAUAAAAGUUCUAGAAAAAGAACAUCCAGAGUUAUUAGUUAAAGGAGAAUUAGUGUUUAUUAAAGUUAAAAUUAAUGGAGUUGUCAAAGAGGCAAUGAUAGACUGUGGGGCACAAGAAACAGUAAUAUCAAUCAGAGCAUGUAAAGAAUGUAAUUUAGAAACACAAAUAGAUUAUAGAGUAAAAAAAAUGUAUCAAGGAGUAGGAAGAAUGGAAACAAUAGGGGUCAUUCAUCUUGUUCCAAUAAUUAUUGGAAAUACGUAUUGUAUUACAACACUGAAUGUGCUUGGAGAUGAUUCACCACUUGACCAUUUGUUAAUAGGGACAAACACACUUAAAUCAAUUGGUGCAGUUAUAGACUUUUCUGAAGGUGUGUUAAGAAUUAAAAAUGACAAGAUUAAAUUUAUGAGUAACACUGAUGUUGAUUAUAUUUUGCAGAAACCUUUUCACAUUAGACAAAUUCAUGGUGAUUCUUCGUUUAAUAAAACUAAUCCUAUCUUUAAACCCACAUUACCUCACUUUGAAAAUGCAUGUCUUCCUCGAUACCCAAUUUCUCUUAUUGAACAAGUUAUGAUAGAUGGAAAAACUGAAGAAGAAGCAAGUGAAAUAUUAGACAAGUCAGGAGGUGAUAUUUCAUUCAGUAAAAUAAAACUAUAUUGA